AUGUCUGACUCUUCAGCGACCAAAACUUCUGUCGGUCUUACCGCCCGUGAGUUGGAAAUUGUGAUCGCCGCUCUUCAUUGUGUCAAAGGUGGUGACAUCCAAAUCGACUAUGCCGCUCUCAUGAAUAGGCUUGGUUUCAAAACCGAGGCAUCGGCCAGAUCGGCUUGGUGUGGAGCCAAGAGAAAGCUCGUCGGCGAUGCUGCUAAGGCGUCAACUCCUGAUGAACAGGGAACUAGCGGAAAGUCAAAGACACCUCGCAAACCAAAAGACUCGAACACAACCGCUACACCAAAGUCAGGCAAGAAAGCUAUCACGGCCGAAGCCGCCGGCAAGGACGCCGGCAACGAUUCUUGCGAUGGCGAGAACAACAUUCCCGCAACCGCAGUUGAGGAGACGGAAGUGAACACAUCGGAAGAUCCACCGCCAGCUACGCCAAAGACAACUGCGUCGACGCCCAAGAAACGUGGCCGCAAGACCAAAGCCGAAAAGGAAGCUGAGGCUGCCGCUGGUGAAGGCGGCGAGGAAGAAGAGAAGCCGGCCAAGAAGCGCAGAACUCCCGCCAAAAAGAAGGCUCCCGCGAGUGAGAAUAACGGCGGGAACGAAGAUGAGACCCCGGCGACGCCUGUCAAGGGGAAGAAGACUGUCACUCCGCGCAAGAAAGCUGCCGCCACUGCGACCAACAAAGCCCCUGCAAAUGACGCUCCCCUUGCCGUACCAGCCAUCAACGUGAAGGAAGAGGAAGAAGGGGAUGUUUCCGCAGAAGAAAAUACGGCCCUCGCCACAUCUUCCACCGAAACUGCCAACAACCCUGUCAAAGGUGUGACUAAUGCUGCUGCUGCUGCUGUUAACGGAAGUGUCUGUGACCCUGUGAUAAACGCCGCCGCGGAAGCCAUUGCAGCUGGAGCCACCGGGGCCCUUGCUGCCGCCGACACUGUUGGUGAUGACUGA